AAGAAACCGAAAAAUCUUCGCGUUUGUUGCCGCUGCCGUCGCCACUGUUGAUCGAACAUGUUGGUGGGCCGAUUCCUGUCGCGCACGAUAUGCAACGUCGUGGGGUAUGCGUACCCCAUCUACAUGUCGGUCCAGUCCGCGAAGAAGGAAGAUGCGACGGACGAGCACAUCCAGUGGGUGGUGUUUUGGACUGUGAACGCGUGCUUUGCCGUGUUUGAAAUCCUCGUUGACUUCCUGGGCAACUACAUCCCGUUCUACUACGAGGCCAAGGUGUGCAUGGUCGCGUGGCUGGCGUUGCCGCAGUUUCGCGGCGCCUUGCAGAUCUAUGACAACCUCAUCGCCCCAUCGUUUGUCAAAUAUGAAAAGGCAUUGGAUGCACACAUUGACUUAGCCAGCGACAAACUGUCCCAGCUAUGUCGCGACGCGGCAUCGAUGGCGAUGCAGAAAGGCGCGGGCGCAAUCGUCCAGGGACAACAAUACAUCGUCAUGCAAGCCAUGCAACAAGCGUGGAAGGUGCCCACCAGUCCCACCAAUGCAGAAGCAUUGUCCACUAGCGCCCCUUCAAUCGCCACUCCUCCAUCCUCGCCAACGACCACACCGUCCGCCAUCGUCGUAAACGCCCCACACACGUCAACCAAAGAUGUUGUCGACGAUGCAUCGCCGCCAAUGCCAUCACUCGAGCCACCUUCGUUCCCACCACCCCCUGCAACCCCUUCACAUCGUGUCAUUGGGCUGCCAUCCACACCGGACGCCUCUUCUCGCACCGCCUCACCCCCUCUUCCCGAGGACCGUCCAUCCCCAUCUCGGCAAGACAAGGAAGCGGAACUUCUCGGCCAUUUCCGCGUGCUUCUCUCUCGCGGACUGAAGGUGCGCCACCAAACCAAGUCACGCCUGCUGCGAUUGAGUCCCAGCGGCAACUAUUUGUAUUUGGAGUCCAAGAGUCUUCGGGGCCCCAACGCCCCCGUGGUGGUGUCGCUCCUGACCAUCCAAGUCGUGGACGCGCUUGGGUCUUCGGACGUGUACUUGGCCGUGGAGACUCAUAGCGACAAGAUCACGGUCGAGGCGGAGGCCAAGAAGACGAGGGAUCUGCUGGUCGCGGGGCUCAGACUGCUGGCCUUGGCCUUCCAGAAGCAAGGGAAUCGGGCGUUGCUGCGCCUGGGCGACAUUGCAAUCAAACAGACCAAGCAGCUCGCGUUUGAUAACCUUCUGAGUCACUGCCACCGCCGCAAUACCGACAUGCGGUUGGAUUGAGCUUACUGUAACGUAAAAGUCCAAUUUAAGG